AUGGAUUUGACUAAGAUGGGCAUGAUCCAGCUGCAGAACCCCUGCCACCCCACCGGGCUGCUGCACAAAGCCAACCAGAUGCGCCUGGCGGGGACGCUGUGCGACGUGGUCAUCAUGGUGGACAGCCAGGAGUUCCACGCGCACCGGACGGUGCUGGCCUGCACCAGCAAGAUGUUCGAGAUCCUCUUCCACCGCAACAGCCAGCACUACACCCUGGACUUCCUCUCGCCAAAGACGUUCCAGCAGAUCCUGGAGUACGCGUACACCGCCACCCUGCAGGCCAAGGUCGAAGACUUGGACGACCUGCUCUACGCCGCCGAGAUCCUGGAAAUCGAGUACCUGGAGGAGCAGUGCCUGAAGAUCCUGGAGACCAUCCAGGCCUCCGAGGACAACGACGCCGAGGUCGCCAUGGCCGAUGGAGGCGCCGCCGCCACCGAGGAAGAAGAGGAGAGGAAGUCAAGGUACAUCAAGGGCCUCUUCGCCUCCAAGCCCACUGGCGAGGAGAGCAACUACGCCGGUGUGGCCGGCCAGAGCCUGCCGGCGGCUGCGGUGGAGCAGAGCCCCUCCGCCUCCGCUUCCUUCGGCCCCCUCUCCGCCAUGAGCCCCACAAAGGCGGCGGUGGACAGCUUGAUGACCAUCGGGCAGUCGCUGCUGCAGGGCGCCCUGCCACCCGCCACCCCCGAGGACUCACGCCCCGCUGCUGCCCGCCGCCCCCCUGGCCUCGCUGAGGUCAAAACCGAAGCGAUGCAGGUGGACGACACCUCCAGCCGCGACAGCCCCCGGACGGCCGAGCCCGGCGCCUCCGGUGGGGAGAAGCCUGAUGAGAAGGGCAAGGAAGGGCCCGGCACCCCGACCCGCGGCAGUGUCAUCACCAGCGCCCGCGAACUGCACUACGCCCGCGAGGAGGGCACUGAGCCGCCACCUGAGCCCGGCCAGGGGCUGCCGCUGGGGCCGGAGCCAUCCGCUGCUGCUGCCCAGGGCGAGAAGCCCCUGGGCAUCUACUCCCUGCUGCCGAACCACAAGACUGAGCCGGUGCUCGGCGUGCCGCCCACCGUGGCGUCUGCCCUGCACGUGCAGCCGGCCCUGGCCGUCUCCAUGGACUUCAGCGCCUAUGGGGGGUUGCUGCCCCAGGGCUUCAUCCAGCGGGAGCUGUUCAGCAAGCUGGGGGAGCUGGCAGCCGGCAUGAAGACGGAGAGUAGAGCCCUGGGUGAGCAGUGCAGCGUGUGCGGGGCAGAGCUGCCGGACAACGAGACCCUCGAGCAGCACAGGAAGCUGCACAGCGGGAUGAAGACUUACGGAUGCGAGCUGUGUGGGAAGCGGUUCCUGGACAGCUUGCGGCUGCGAAUGCACUUACUGGCUCACUCAGCGGGCGCCAAAGCCCUGGUCUGCGAUCAGUGCGGCGCCCAGUUCUCGAAGGAAGACGCCCUGGAGACGCACAGGCAGACACACACUGGUACAGACAUGGCCGUUUUCUGCCUGCUGUGCGGCAAGCGGUUCCAGACGCAGAGCGCCCUACAGCAGCACAUGGAGGUGCACGCCGGGGUGCGCAGCUACAUCUGCAGCGAGUGCAACCGCACCUUCCCCAGCCACACCGCACUCAAGAGGCACCUCCGCUCCCACACAGGCGACCACCCCUACGAGUGCGAGUUCUGCGGCAGCUGCUUCCGGGACGAGAGCACGCUGAAGGGCCACAAGCGCAUCCACACCGGCGAGAAGCCCUACGAGUGCAACGGCUGCGGCAAGAAGUUCAGCCUCAAGCAUCAGCUGGAGACCCACUACCGGGUCCACACAGGCGAGAAGCCCUUCGAGUGCAAGCUGUGCCACCAGCGCUCCCGGGACUACUCAGCCAUGAUCAAACACCUUCGGACCCACAACGGCGCUUCCCCCUACCAGUGCACCAUUUGCCUGGAGUACUGCCCCAGCCUCUCCGCCAUGCAGAAGCACAUGAAGGGCCACAAGCCAGAGGAGAUCCCCACCGACUGGCGGAUAGAGAAGACCUAUCUCUACCUCUGCUACGUCUGAGGGAGGAGGCGCAGGGGCGGCGGG